AUGGAAUAUAAAGAGCCAUUUAAUGAAACAAAAGAACGAAAAAACUUGAGUGACGGCGAGGAAGAGUAUGAUUAUGAUUCUUCCUAUGAAGAAGACUAUUUUGAAAGAAAUAUUAAUUCAAUUAUUGAAUACAACGAAAAAGGUAAUUUACCACUUCUUGCAGCAAGCUUAAGUGCAUUUUCAAAGAUCUUAGAUUCAGAAGAAUUCGAAUUAAAUGACUCAAAUGAAGAAUUUUUCAUUUUUAUUUCAUCGAUUUGCUGCACAAAUCAUUACUGCAACUGUAUAACAAAUGCACUUGCAUGUACAUCAAGUAUUAUCUCAAAAUCUCCUGAAUUUUGCGAAAAAAUAAUCUCAUUACAAUUUCUCGAGCAUUUACUCGAAAACAUCCACCAAGACCCAUUAGUAGUUUCAGACAACAGCUUAUAUUUGCUACUUUUAUCACUCUCACACCAUAAUUUUGAGUAUGUUUCUUCAAUUUUUUCUGCAGAAUGUAUUUUCAAUUUCACGCUCCUUCCAAACUUCUCAUUUUGUCAAUAUUUAUUCAUUUACAUAAAAAUUUUUAUAAAACCAGAAUUAAUCGAAAUAUCUGCUCCAUUUCUCAUCCAAAUCUUCGAGAAAUCAAUUGAAGGACACAACAUAGAACUUUCACAUCUUCCUUACGCUUUAAAUUUCGGAAAUUACCUUGCAGAACAAAAUUUACUUCCAGAUUCAUCUUUUGCUUAUAUUUCCAAGCUUUUAUGCUCAACAAAUAGCAAUACAUUCAAGAAGGCAUGCGAUUUGAUUGGAACUCUUGCUUCAAGUGGCAUUUUUUAUAAUGGAAUUGAUUUGGAGUUAAUUAAGCAGUCAAUUGACAUAUAUGACACGAGUAUCGUCAGAUCAAUCAUGGUUAUGCUUUCUUUUCUUCUCGAAUCCGAAGAAUUUUAUAAAUUAUUUUGUGAAUCAGAUUUUAUAGUCUACAUUGUUGAAAAAUGUGAGAAUUCACCGUUUGCUAAUAAGGGACCUUAUAUUAUACUAUUUAAUUCAAUAAUUUCUAAGAUUGGAUCUGAAAUUAGUGAAUUAGAUUUCAGAAUGUUUUCAGAAUCUCUUGAAUACAUUUCAUCUGAAUUUGAAGAUGAUUACACUGCAUUUGGUCUUGAACUUGUCAAUAUUUUGACUGAAAAAGUCUCUGAUCCUCAAAACAAUGAAUUUUUAUUCAAUCAGUUGAAUGAUUGUCUCGGUUUUGAUGCUCUUGAAAGAAUGUCUGACUCUUCAAAUGAAGAUAUAAGAAUACAUUGCCAAAAUUUAAUCAAUAGAUACUCAAAUUCUGAAUAA